AUGGAAAGCUUUUGUUAUUUUCUUUCAACCUCUCUUCUUUUGCUACUUUCAUGGCUUCAACAAUCCAAUGCAAAUGUGGAGCAUCAUAAUACCAAGCAACCCCAUUUGGAUGGUUGUGAUUUCUUCCAAGGAAGUUGGGUGGUGGAUGAUUCUUAUCCUCUGUAUGAUUCAUCCACCUGUCCAUUCAUCAAACAAGGAUUUGAUUGUCAAAAAAAUGGAAGGCCAGACAAGCUCUACCUCAAAUAUAGAUGGCAGCCCAAGGCUUGCACAUUGCCAAGAUUCAAUGGAGAGGAUUUCUUGAAGAGGUUUAAGGGAAAAAAGAUAAUGUUUGUAGGGGAUUCUUUAAGUGAAAAUCAAUGGCAAUCACUCACUUGCAUGGUCCAUGCUGCAAUCCCCCAAGCACAAGUCAAUAAAAGCAUUAAGGGAGACCUCAAGACGAUUACAUGGCCGGAGUAUGGGAUUUCAAUGACAUUAUGUUUCAAUGUCUUUCUAGUAGAUUUAGUAUAUGAGAAAAAGUUAGGGAGGGUACUAAAGAUAGACUCCAUCGAAGGUGGCCGAUUAUGGAAAGGUGUUGACACGCUCGUAUUCAAUACAUGGCAUUGGUGGCUCCACAAUGGAUCCGUACAACCAUGGGAUUAUAUUCAAAUAGGAGGAAAGUUGAUUAAAGACAUGGACCGUUUGGCUGCUUUUAAAAGAGGACUAACUACUUGGUCCAAAUGGGUAGACUUUAACAUCAAUCCUGCUAUGACUAAUGUGUUCUUCCAAGGCAUUUCUCCGAUGCAUGAUUUUGUUGAAGAAUGGAAGGAGAAAUUAGCAACAUGCAAAGGACAAACUGAACCCAUAAAAGGUUCAACAUACCCUGGGGCUUUGCCACCGGCGGUAGGGGUGGUGAAAGAAGUUCUAAGCAAGAUGUCGAAACUCGUAUCAUUACUCGAUAUAACUGCAUUAUCACAACUAAGGAAAGAUGGACAUCCAUCGAUAUAUAAUGGUGGUCAAGGAAGUGAUUGUAGCCAUUGGUGUCUUGCUGGUGUUCCUGAUACUUGGAAUGAACUUUUAUAUGCAAUUGUUAUUACUCAGUAA